GUCGGUGCUUGAACAGCUCCUCACUGCCAGGAUGAGCUUCCCAAAUUCCAGCAGGAUCCCCCUGGGCCAAGCCAAUCAGGUGGUUCCCUCGCUGCCCCUGCUGAGGAUCCUGCGGGCUGGGGGCGCCCAGGGCGACUCCUUCACGCUCAAAGAGUUUUUUCAAGAAAAUCUGAGUUUGUGUCUUCUCUGUGUGUGCCAGGAGUUGGUUGAGUGUUGCCCAAAAAACCCAAAUUUCAAAAUUUCAAUCCUGAAAUCCCCAUCCAUGACUGAAAACAAUAUUUUUUAUAUUUUUUUCCACCUUCAGAGCUGCAAUUUU